ACUCCUACGAAGCAUCUCAUCAAACUUGUGAAAGUUGAACAACUCUCGAGCUCUGCACACGAAGUUGGCAAACACUUUUCCCACCUUGAGAUUUCAUUUUUGAAGAUUUCACCUUCUGUUCGAUCUCAACUACUAUUCGAAAGAUCCAACUCAUGGGCAUUCUAUACGAUAUUAUCCAACCUCAUAGCAUUACGAAACCCGCUAGUUUUAUGAUUGCAAGUACCUUCUUUCCGAUCUUGGCACUCAUCGCUGUCGUCCUUCGAUUCAAUGUCCGACGGAUACAGAAAACGGCUCCUAAGUCCGAUGACUGGAUCAUGAUACCAGCCGCCUUACUCGUGAUUGGGAUGAGUAUUUGCGGUAUACUUGGUGAGUUGUAGUCGCGUGAGGCUAUUUAGCAGUGACCAGGCAGGGCUAAGAUAAUUGUCAUACUAGGCGUGACGAAGAAAAUAUGGGGCUACUACUCAACUGCCGAUUCUGUGUCUUUUCUUUUACAAAGUAUAAUUUAUGAAGCGAAGGCAAGUAAAAAGGAAUCCGAUUGUAAGGGCCGUGCUAAUCAAUGAGUUCUCAGCUACUGGACUUAUUUCAGUACAUCCAAGUCGGCGCGCUAGCAACAAUCAAGGUGGUCGCUCUAUUGUUCUACAAGAGAGUAUUUUGCACAAACGUGAGAUCCACUUUCAGAGUAAUCAACACAGCAACCAUAGCUUUUGUUGCAAUCUUGGCGUUUGCAAUGGUACUCGGCAAUACAUUUCGGUGUGGUCCACAUUUUGCCGCGCUGUGGCAUACAUCAUACGAGUACUUGCAAUACUGCAAAGUUAUAUCACCAGUAUUUGUAGAAGCUUUCAGCAUCAUCAAAUUCGUGUUGGACCUGUGGAUUAUUCUACUGCCAUUACCAAUGGUGUGUAUUCCAGGCUGUUAGCUACAAGUACAUUCACGCUGACAAUGUGUUGAUUUAGAUAUUUCAUUUGAAAACAAAUCCCGGAACUAAAUUGGCCGUCUGUGGUGUAUUUCUUUUAGCUUUGAUGUAUGUGAACUUUUGCGAUUUUAUAUUCAGGCAUCGUCAUAGUUGGACUACAAUAUGAGCUAACCACGUAUCGAAAUAGUGGCUUGGCAGCUUCCAUCACACGUGCUGCAUACAUCAUCCAGAUGUUCCACAGUAUGUACAGCAAAUCCUUGACCGAGGUCAUUGAAGUGCAACUAACUUGUUCUGCAGUAGCUCAAUUGGACCCCAAUGCCGACUACCGCCGUGAGUGACUCCAAAAGAAGAGAAAACUGGUUUCUGACUCUUCCCUAGUAGGAGAUACUUUGAUAAUAUUCUGGUCCAACUUCGAAGCAUCCGUGUGUCUUUUAGCAGUCAAUCUCCCCUCUCUCUGGGCCUACAAAAAGUUACUUUCCCCAAAAGAAUUCCUCGCUAGUGUCCGAGGCUUCAUUAACAUCUGGUCAGAGCGGUCGGCUACUCGCAACCAAGCGGGCCAUGAGACUGUAAUACCGGACAGCAGAUCUGAAAAUUAAUCAUCACCGGUUGCAAAUAUGUGUGCAAGUAACAAUUGGGUCGAUGUAUACGCCAUGCAUGACUUCGAAUCUCAGAACCAACAAAUUUCUGCACCGAAAGGAGCUAUCC